AUGAAGAACGAGGAGCAAGCUCGUAGUUUGUUUGGAAUUUCACUCUCUGACAGACCGAAAUGGCAGCAAUUCCUCAUUUGUUCAUCAGGGUUCUUCUUUGGAUAUCUUGUUAAUGGCAUCUGUGAGGAAUAUGUGUAUAACAGGCUCCAUUUUAGCUAUGGUUGGUACUUCACAUUUGUUCAAGGGUUUGUCUACCUGUGUCUGAUUUACCUCCAAGGCUUCACAAGCAAGCAAAUGGUGAAUCCAUGGAAAACUUAUGUGAAGCUCUCUGCUGUUCUUAUGGGUUCUCAUGGCCUAACAAAGGGUUCUUUAGCUUUUCUUAACUACCCUGCACAAAUCAUGUUCAAAUCCACAAAGGUUCUGCCAGUGAUGAUAAUGGGUGCCUUCAUUCCUGGUCUGAGAAGGAAGUAUCCACCGCAUGAAUAUAUAUCUGCAAUACUUCUUGUAGUUGGCUUGAUCCUGUUCACACUAGCAGAUGCACAAACAUCACCAAAUUUCAGUGUCAUUGGUGUAGUUAUGAUAUCUGGAGCCUUGAUCAUGGACUCUUUCCUGGGAAAUCUUCAAGAAGCAAUAUUCACCAUGAACCCUGAGACCACACAGAUGGAGAUGCUCUUUUGCUCAACAGUAGUGGGUUUGCCUUUCCUAAUCCCACCCAUGCUUUUCACAGGAGAAUUAUUCCAAGCAUGGACGUCAUGUUCACAGCAUCCCUAUGUGUAUGGAGUCUUGGUUUUUGAAGCAAUGGCCACAUUUAUAGGCCAAGUAUCGGUCCUCUCCCUCAUUGCCAUCUUUGGUGCUGCCACCACAGCCAUGAUAACAACAGCAAGAAAAGCUGUGACAUUGCUAUUGUCAUACUUGAUAUUCACAAAACCAUUAACAGAACAACAUGGGAGUGGACUUCUACUCAUAGCUAUGGGGAUCACAUUGAAGAUGCUGCCUGAAAACAAAUUCAACAGCACCAAGAGGGUCUUGAAUUCUUCUCCAAGGGACAACACUGCAAGAUCCAGUGGUGAUGAAGAGUUGGCGAAUCUGCCAAAUUCAAAGAGGGAAGAUGACGAAAGGAGGCCCUUGGUUUAG